GCCUCGGCAGAGCUGCCCGGACGCGGGAUGCGGCGGCCGCAGCUUGGCGACGCGGGGCUCGGACCGACCGGCGACUGCUGCCCUCGCCCUAACGUAGCCCGACUCGCAGGGGACGAUGCUCACCGGCGUGAAGCGGAAGCGUGCGGACUGCGAGGACGCAGGGGUGGCGGCGGGGGGUGAGGGGCCCGCGCCCCCCGGCCUGGAGGCCUACUCCCGCCUGCGCCAGUCCCUGCUGCACAUGUCGCUGGACAAGUUCCAGCGCGGCUGCAUGCUGGGGGAGCCCAACCUGCGGCGCCACGUGCUCAUCGCCAACACCCUGCACCAGAUCCAGGAGGAGAUUCGGCGUGAGAGAGGCCCCCCGCCCUCCGCCUCCGUCCCCCCACCCCCUCCGCCCUCUCCCGAGCCCCCUCCGCCGCCCCCCGCCGAGCUGGACGGCCUCCUCUUCUCCGGCGAGGACGACUUCUCCGUCUCGUCGGCCAUCUGCUCCAUCCUCAAGGAACUGGAGCUGGCGCUGGAUGGCGGGGCCACCCCGCUGGAGUCCCAGGCCAAGCCGGAGCCCCGAGGCGGCCCUCGGGCCGGGCCGGGCUCCCCCGGGACCCCCGGCCUCUCCGAGCGGGAGACCCCCGCCCCGGCAGACUUCAGAGCGGUCGAGGCCGUGUUUGGCAGUUUCGAGAUCAUGAGCUCCAGUUACCUCAGCGGCCUGGCCCUGGAUGACCUCUUCACGGACAUAGACACCUCCGGCUUCGAGCGAGACCCCGGUGGCCGGCCCCCGCUCCCCCUGGCCCCCGCCGAGCCGGGCAGCCUGACCCCAUCCUGCACCCCGAGCCAACCGGUGGGGCGAGACUGGAAUGAGCUGGACCACAUCAUGGAGAUCAUCGUGGGGUCCUGAGCCGACACCCCGGCCCCCGCCUCCUUGCAGGAGAGGCGUCGAGGGAGAGGAUAAUGUUUACAGAAAGGGGAAGGGGGGGUGGGGGGGACAUUUUAACCCUUUCCUCCAGGGACUCCCAGCCUGUCGGGCGUUGCGGGGAGGGUGGGGGCAGAGAUGUAGACUCAGGAAUCCUGUUCCCCCUAUCCCCCCCACCCCCAGCGGGGGUCCGCCACAUUGGUGCAAUGGCCCCCUUAACCCCCUCUCAGGGGCUGGGGGCAGUUUGUGAGGACGGACGGACGCCACGCCUUCCGUGAAGGUGACUUAAUUUAUCCACGACGGUGAUUGCCUUAACGCUACUGCAGAGCAGGUCUGGACGUAGCCCCGGCGGGACGGGGAGGGGAGGGGUCUCUACCUCUGGGGACCAGGAGGGGUGAGCUCCAAACUCCACCUUAGGGGAAACCCCUGCUGCUGGCUCCUUGGUCUUUCUCCUUCCCUCCCCCAGCCAGCCCCUGGAACAAGCCGCCUGACUGUAGAAUAAGCCUCUCCAUUCCCUGAGGGUGGGGGCGAGGGACCCCACCUCAAGCCCCACUCCUCAGGCCGGGUGGCGUCUCACCAGCUCUGCAGAGCCUGUGGUUUCACUCUGAUCCUGCCACCCCCCAGCCGGCCUGCUCUGCUGCAGGUCCUGGGCCCCUCCCCAAAAAGUCCCAGCCCCCCUCUCUGGGCGGGGAUGGGGGUUCUGGGGGACAACGGGCCGUAUCCCGAGGAAAACCUCCGCCCCCUAUAAAGAACACCCCGAUGGCCGGGAUGAAAUGUAACCGCUGCUCACCCCCAGAUGGUUCUGCAGCCCUGCACCCCCCCAAAAUGAAAUGUCAGUGUUAGAAGCCCGGCUACGGUCUCCCCUUUCCCCAACCCCAAGACACAGUGGCCAGGCUGCCCCGCCUGUCUGUGCCGAAGCCGGGCCCCUCCCAAUGGAGAGUUCUCUUGCCUGCCUUUCUGCCCACCUCCCAAUCCCAUCCAGAUUUAUUUAACACGGUGCGAGUGACCCUUUCCCUUUCCCCAAUGCGUGCAAUAGGAGCAAAGUGAUCUAUGCAAAGGCCCGCUGAUGGGGCUUAAAGAUAAACGUGUAUUUUUCUGUUUUUUUUUUUCUUUUUGAAUAAAAGUUUGAAAUGCCAA